AACCACACCGGAGGACCCGACAUCGAGGGAAAAAAACCCUGCCCCCCAACGCCGAGCAUCCGGCAGCGAGCAGCGGUCUUUCGACUGGUCCGAAUCCGAAGACGACGAGGAAGACGAGGCGAACAACCACAGACGGGAGAAAAUGAGAAGCGUGGUGACCUCAGCCAUGUUACGGGGGAAGCUGAAGAGGUGCAACAGGAUCAGUGUGUUGACGCUAACAUUACCUCUGAUGUAGAUGCAGACAAGACUGGGGUGAAAGAAAAUUCAUGUUCUGGAGAGAGGAGCACAGAGAAGGAGAUGGCACCUGUGGGAGACAUAGAUGGAAUAGAGGACAUUGUGGAUGAUGAUGAUGAUGACGACGACGAUGCCGAUGAUGAUGAUGAUGAUGAUGACAGUGACGAUAGUGAAGAGCCAGACCAAGGGGUCGAAGAUGAUACAACAGCAGAAUCAGAAAAGUGGGGGUUUAAAUGUAAGGAAUGUGGAGAAAAGUUCAAGCGACGGGAGACAUUUAAUCUACACCGUCAUUUUCACGCACAUGAAGAUGAGCUCACAACCCUUACCUGCAAAGAAUGCGGCCUUACCUUUCAGCAUCGCAGCAUCCUCAUUAAACACAGAAAUGAACAUAAAGUGAAAGAAGAACAAAUAGUUCCUGCAAAGAAAGAGGCGUUCAUGAAAGAGCAGGGUAGGUACGAAUGUGCAGAAUGCGAAAAGAUCUUCAUGACAGUCGAUAAGCUGAGGCUCCACAACUGCAGCAAUAGCUCAGAUAAGCCUUACCACUGCCCUCUGUGUCGCAGAGAAUUCCACUUAAAGUCUUCUGUCACCAGGCACAUGGUGACCCAUUCCCGGGACAGCGUUUUUGCAUGCCAAGAGUGUGAUCACAUCUUCACAAACAACAUAGCUCUGCGCAACCACCAGCGAUCUCAUGCUGCCCUGAAACCUUACGAAUGCCCCGAAUGUGGCAUGGUUUUUAAACAUUACUCUGUCAUGGAAGACCAUCGCCGCAAGCAUACAGACAGCACUCGCUCUCACCUGUGCAACAUCUGUGGUAAGAGCUUCAAGUAUAGCAGCCUUCUGCAUCAGCAUCAGUACCUGCACACAGGUCAGAAGCCUUUCAGUUGCCCGGAAUGUGGUAAACGUUUUGCCUUUGCCCAGAACAUGAAGGCGCACUGUCGUCAGCAUAGAUUGCGCAAAAAUAAUUCUCUGCCCUGCAGUGAGCCGAGCAGCAAGCAAGCUCCUGUGUCUGAGCAGGAGACCGUGAAAAGACCAGGAAAAGAAAACACAAACCAAAGCGAGGAACACAAACAAUCAUACAGCUGUCCCCUUUGUCGAGAGAACUACGACACACCGGCUAGCCUAAGAACCCACAUGCGUAUUCAUGAGACAGAGUAUGAGAAAUUGGACAAAUCAAACAGAGCUCCUAAGGAGUUUAACAAGAACUGGGACAAAGGGCACACAUGUCCUCAGUGCCCGAGUAUUUUUCGUGAGGUGACAAGCUUGCAUAUGCAUGUGUUAAGUGCCCAUAGUUCUGCACAAUAUUUAGAACAGGUUAAAGCAUUGCCUAUAAAACAAACUUUUCCCGUAAGCAGUGAUGACGUACAAGCAAACUGGAACAGUGAUGGCAUAAGUAUUAAGUCAUACAAAUGCCCUGAGUGUGGAAAAUUGUUCAGGCAUCGCUCAGUGUUAGAGUUGCAUAUGCGCAUACAUUCCAAGGACAAGCCUUACCAGUGCAAAGUGUGUGGCAAAAGCUUUCGAUUCAGUAGCUACUUACAGCAACAUCUCAUCAUCCACACAGGCAAAAAGCCCUACAAAUGUCCAGACUGUGGGAAGGACUUUGCCUUCUUACAAAACAUGAAGACCCAUCAAAGGUUGCAUCAGGAAAAACCAUUCCGUUGUACCAGCUGCCGUAAAGGUUACAGUGAUGAGAUCCAGUUACAGCAACACAUGCUGUCGCAUAACGGUGACAAGCCUCACAAGUGUGACCUUUGUGACAAAAGCUUUGGAUUAGCCUAUCUGCUUCGUGAUCACAUGAACACUCAUACAGGUGAAAGACCUCAUCGUUGUGAGGAGUGUCACAAAACCUUUUCCUGGUUUAGCAGUCUUCUUGUUCACCAAAAGAUACACGCACGCAAACGCCAAGGUUUCAACCAGUACAGUUCUUUACCAGCGGGUAUGAAGAUAAGAGGCAGGGGAAGCAGGGGAAGAAGAGGGGGUCGGCUCUAGUUGGGGUUGGUCUAGACCACUGGGAGGGUCAGGGCUAGUUACUUCUAACCCAAAUAUCCAGUGUCGCUGUGAGAGACCAUGAGUUGCACAGAAGAGCAUUUCAGCCACAAUCUCCCAUGGUGUCCCCUCAUGUGGAUGUACAAGCCAGACAGCAGAAGAACAGUGGCCAACCAAGAAAACCGUCUGUUACCUGUCCAGUGGAAGGUGGAUGGUGGUGACGGUAAUGCCCAUUGCAUCGUCACAGCAGCCACAUUUGACUCCGCAACAGACACAGUUUGACAGCUCAUCACAACCAGGUCCACAACAGCACCAUCAGAGAACUUCAGGCUGGGCUGAAAGUGCUUCAGUAUCUCAGACAGGCCCCAAAUCGGUUCAAAGUUUAGAGACUGCACAAAUGAAAAACAGUGUUGUCAGUUCCCUCCCCACAGUUGUGCCAAAAAAAUCCAGUCCAUCAGCAGUGAAUGAGCUUGAGCAACACAGACAACAAAAACUUGUUGCUUGGAGUAGCACAACUUCAUCUACUGCUGUACCUUCCGUAAGCUCUUUACAACGAGAAUUUACCAUGCCCGCCACAUACAUGGAUGGGGCGGCAUUGUGGAGCGUCAGACCUACUCCAGUACCACCAAGUACACUUAGCUCUCCAAAUAAGCUGGGCCAAGAGCUACAACUGUGUAGAUGGGCAAAUGCCCCAAUGCCAGCCCAAAUUGAGCCACCUGCACCUCCUAAAAAAGAUGACCGACUCUGGGACAUAAAUAAUCCUCAAGUAAUGCCGUCGACUGUUAACAGCUAGAGAAGCCGUGGAACGGAUGCGAGACGCAAAAGCAUUGGGCUUCAGGCUUAGCAGGUGCAUCCACCUCAGCUCAAAUAGACCAAAGCAGUGCUAUGCCAAUUUCAACUUCUGUAUCUCAUGGCCUAAGUAGCACCUUGUGGGACCUCCCACCACCACC